AUGUUUGCUGAUGAUUUGCGAAUAGAUUUUUACGCUAAACUUAAAGGACAGAGAGUUUUAGUUAUAGUGAAUUAUGAUGUAGAUGCAAUAUGUGCUUGUAAAAUAUUACAAGCAUUAUUUAGAACUGAUUACAUUUCUUAUACGUUAGUAGUUGUUGAUUUCGUCGAAGAUCUUAAGUCAUUAUUUGAUGAACAUCGCGCUGAUGAAAAAUAUGUUAUUUUUAUAAAUUGCGGAGGAACUUUAGACUUAGUUGAAAUUAUUGAACCGGAGGAAGACAUCACUUUUUUUAUUCUCGAUAGUCAUCGGCCAAUUGAUGUUUGUAAUAUUUAUAAUGAUACUCAAGUAGUUUUGCUCUCUAAAUUAGAAGAUUCUGAAAGUGUUCCAGAAUUUUGUGAUAUAUUUAGAGCUUGCAAACUUAAAUUAUGGACUUUUCAAGGAGAAGAAAGACUGCAUGAAAUAAUACCUUUGAGUCAGUGCAAUCAGAAAUUCGGGUCAAUGGAUUUAAUUUACAGAAAAGAAUUUUAUUCGUCAUUAGUCGAAGUUUCCGAAAAAUACGGAUUAAACGAAAUAGUUUUUUUGACAUUUUUCAUACAGUAUGGAUAUCGGAAAAAAUAUUCGGCAGCUGAUUACGUUUACAGUCUUUUAGCUUUACUACAAUCAACCAAUAAUGAAAAAACAAAGGCACACUGUUUUAUGGAUUGUCUCGACGCAUUAAGACAAACAAGAAAAGAUAAAUUAGACGAAGGAAUAGAAUUGGGAAAAACAUUAUUCGUUUCCGUAUUUAAACAAAUUCAAAACGCUUUAGAAUUCAAACAAGUCGAAAGACUCGGUCCAUUUUUGUUUUUUCUCAUAACGCAGAAAUUUGCCCAGAGUAUUAUUUGCCAUCAUCCGAUAGGUACAGUUUUGCUAGCUGAUUUUUUAUUGAAUGCUUAUUCGAAAACAAGAAGAAAUUAUAAUAAAGCUCUUGCGUCGCCAUUGGUUAUAUGCACUCCAUGCGUUGGAGAAAAUGAUUCUCUGGAAGAAACCGAUGAUUCUUUAUGCAGCAUUGCUGGAAUUCCACCGGUUAAUGUUGAUUCUAAUAAAAAUUUUUUCGGAAAAGCUUUUGAAAAGGCAGCCGAGGAUUGUCACGCCAAAAUUCACAAAACAUAUUUUGAUUCGUCAGGUUGGUAA